AUGACAAGCAGGGGGCUAAUAGAAUCUGCUAAAAAAAUAGAUUGGGUAUUUGUUAAUGGGGAAUGGAUAGAUACAAUGCAACAAUAUAAGACUCAUGCACUUCCAGAAGGGGUCAGUGACCAUUGUCCAUUUGUGGUAGAGAUGAUCCAGACACAGGAAAAGAAGGGAAAAGCUUUCAGAUACUGCAAUAUAUGGAGUAAACACCCAGAUUUCCUACACAUUGUUGAAGAGGGGUGGGCAAUGCAAGUGGAAGGGUGUAAGAUAUAUCAGGUAGUAAAAAAGUUAAAAGCUUUGAAACAGAAACUCAAAAUAUUACACAAGAGAAACUUUAGCAAUGUCAUAAAUGAAGCUAAUAAAGAUAGGGAGGAAGUGCAUAAAUUGCAAGCUAUGCUACAACAAACACCACUAGAUCAAAAUCUUCAGCAGCAAGAGAAAGAUGCAAGGGAUAAGUUCAGGGAGUCAUCACUUAUGGCUGAAAAUUUCUUGAUGCAGAGAAAUCCUGAGAAGAUUGCUGAUGUGUUUGUCAGCUACUAUAAGAAACUAUUAGGUUCUAAUGGAGGGACUAGGGGAAAGGAGAUCAAGAAAGCAAUGUUUAGUAUCAAUGUCAAUAAGAGUCCUGUGCCAGAUGGGUAUGGUGUAGGGUUCUAUAGAGAUGCAUGGAAAGUGGUUGGCAAAGAUAUCACUGAUGUUGUGAUAGAAUUCUCCAGCAAUGGAUAA